AUGCCUUCGGAACGAGAAUACCAGAUCCACCCGCUUGUCCCAGACUCGAUUGUCCACAACACAAAGGUCUUGUCGAAUCUGCAGAGCCUCACUGCGUCCUUGUUCGGCGUCACCGCCGGCACGCUCGGUCUCGAAUCGUACCACGGGUUCCUCUUCUACAUCGCAUCGUCCAUCCUCGCCGCCUUGCUGUUCUACGGCUUCAAAGUCGCGCCAGGGUCGCUGGCGGAGGGCCGGCCGCUGCUCAGCGCAGGCAGAUACUUUACCGGCAGCUUCGAGCUCUGGACCGGGGGCAUAUUCAACGGCCUGUCGGGUUUCAUCCUGACGUGGACGCUCUUUUACGGCCUGGUGCGGGCCUGA